AUGAAAUCCUUCUUGUCACUUUCCAUUGUCUGCCUCUAUUUAGGCUCUAAUGUUGCAAAUGCAUUGGUAGUGAGAGAGGAUACCGGAUUCGUGAUUCCAGGUGGCAUUGAAAGUCAUUUUCCUACCCACAUUGUCAAGUUGAAGGCAAGAAACGUUCAGAAUAUAACCAACUUUGAAUCAAAUGACUUUAUCAACCAUCACUACAGUACCUUCCAAACCAUGCGUGGAUCACUUCAAGGCAAGUUCGACAUCAAGGGCGCCAGUCUUCACGCAGAAUCUGAGGAUUUAGAGCCCAGAGCUGUCAAGAAUAUUGACAUUGGAAACGAAUUCAAGGCAGUUGUUGGAUCAUUUAACCCGUCUUUUGUCAACUACCUCAGUCAAUUGGAAGAUGUAGAAUAUGUCGAGACAAACCAGGUCUACAAGGCAGCCAUUCUUCCAACCGUCUCCAAGCCUCAGCCUUAUAUCUCCAGUCAAGUGUCAUCAAAAAACAAGCGCAACAUUAUCACCCAAAUAAACGUGCCUAGCUGGGGCCUUGCUCGCAUCAACCGUAGAAAUAAGGAUGACAUGACAACCUAUUCUGUGGACGAAUCUGCUGGUGGAGGUGUUCAUGUGUAUGUUUUUGACUCCGGAAUUAAUGCCGACCAUCCUGAUUUUGCUGGCCGUGCCAGUAUGGAAGCAAGUUUCAUUGAUUACGAGGAUAAUGUCGAUUAUGCUGGUCAUGGAACCCACGUAGCUGGCACAAUUGGAGGUAAUUCUUACGGUGUCGCCAAGAAUGCCAUACUGCAUGGUGUCAAGAUUCUGGACCGUAAUGGUGAUGGCACCACCUCCGCUUUAAUCCAAGCUAUCUCUCAUGUCACUCAGAUUGCGAUUCCCGGUCGUAGCAUCAUCAACUUAUCACUUACUGGACCACGCUCACAAACCAUCGACGACGCACUUUCCAUGGCGGUUCAACAACACGGUAUUCCCAUCUUUGUGUCAGCUGGUAAUAGUGGAGACAAUGCAUGCGAUUAUUCACCAUCAGCCAACCCAGAUGUGUUUACCGUCGGUGCAUCGAAUCAAAAUGAUAUUAUCCCCAGCUUUUCUUCUUACGGUGAAUGUGUACGUAUCUAUGCGCCUGGAACAAACAUUACAAGCAGCUGGUUAGGCAGUGAAAGUCAGACCAUGGAUGGAACAAGUAUGGCCAACCCGCAUGUCACUGGUAUUGCUGCUAUGCUGAUGAGCGAGUAUGAUUUCCACUCUGCCAGCGAACUCUACGAAGCCAUCAUGAACAUUGCUACUGAAAACGUGUUGACCUCUUCCAUAGACGAUGAUGGAUCUGAGAGAUUACUAGCUUACAAUGGUCCCGAGCGUUUUUAA